GACGUGGAAGCCAGCGGUACAUAGUCUGGCACAACUCGACCCACUUCGUCCUGUGUCAAGAAAAGUUCCAGCCCACAUACUUUCCGCCAGCAUCUGUACCCAGCCAGCGGGAGAGAAGGAAGGGAAAUAGGGGCCUGGACGUGAGUGAAGUUCCGAUGCCAAAAAGGGGGCGUGAAGAUACAGGCGUAUCAGCCAAUCAGAAUGCGAAGCUCGCGGCCCCCUGCGUGGUGUGGCCCCCUGGCGGCGCACGUGCUAAUUGGGGGGGCCCAAUAAAGCAGCGACUACCUGUCUUCAACCAGUCCCCUUGUUCCAGACCUGCCUUUUCGUCGGGCUGGUGAAAACAGUUUUCACCGGAGACUGACCGGACAGGGAAGGGAGCUGAUGACAGAGCAGAUGGUCAGUGCGAUCAUCCACAUGGUGGUCAGCCUGAUGCCAGGACAAGGAGAGCAUCGCAACAAGCUUCGGCAGGUUCCUACUUUGGUAGACAACACAAUGGGAGCGUUGUGACGAGUUUCCGACCGUUAUAUUUGAAUAACUAUGCGAGAAUAAUUGUGCUUGGUUUUCCUUCCACUAGUGACUUCUGUGAAUUCUGAGAGUUCAAAGUGUUUUGACCACUUCACUGAUUCUCUAUCAGACGAAGCUGUCAACAUCCGGACACACUCAGGCCAGUGAUACCCUCCCCUCUUCCGACCCCUGUAACUGUUCUACCAAUGCUACCAUAUACCAUGUCUACCCAAUGUGACAUCAGUGUCGGCUUGAAGUGAACAACCAGAAGGAGUGAAGUCUUGGACAUUCAUGAGUUUGCGACAGUGAUGGAUUCGCAAACGUCUGUGUCGAGCGAGGAGGUGCAGUUCAAUCUGGAAACGGAUGAGGAGGAAGUCAGUGACGAUGAGGAUGAGAUCCUCGAUAUAGACGGCACGAGCGCGAUGAGUGGCGAUGACAGCGUCGAUCAUUCCAGCGGCGACAGGAUCAUCGUCGACGAGGACGAUAGCGAGUAUGACGGGGAGGAGGCUGCCAGAGGUGUCGUCAGCAACGUGACAGAGGGUCAAAGGGCGAUGGCAUGUCCCGGCCUGGCGACGACGACAGCGGCGGUGGUCAGCUGAAGACCUCGCUGAUGGCUGGACAGAGAAGCAGCAAGCGGUUGCUAAGGACGCCCAAGUGUGCGCGCUGCCGUAACCAUGGAGUGGUGUCGUGUCUCAAGGGACACAAACGCUAUUGUAGGUGGCGGGACUGUCAGUGUGCAAACUGUCUGUUGGUGGUGGAGAGACAGAGGAUUAUGGCUGCGCAGGUGGCGCUACGCAGACACCAGGCGACAGAAAUGUCGAGCGCCUGAAGGAAAGUGAAGAAUGCGGCGACAUUGCUGCAGCAACGCAAGCUACUGCAGCGGAAUCUACGAGCUUUGCAGCAGCAUUCCCUUUCCAGAGAAAUCCUAGCAGCCUAUCGUUCUAGAAUGCACGUCCUCCCUCCACCGGAAGCUCUACGGUCCGUGGCGCCAUUUAUGAACGAGCGCAUGCGCAAACGGCGGUGUUUCGCUGACAAGGAUCUGGAGGCGGCGAUGAUAGAGCGCGAGCGGCAGCUGGAGUUCCUCAGGUCUCGCAGCGCCGCGCUUGCUCAGUCCCAGCUGUCCCUCUUCUCGCAAGGAAUCAUGGGAGUGGGAGGCUCGUGUUCUGGCAACCGAGGGGCAGCACCAGUCCCAGGACGAGGUGUAGGAAACGGAGGAGGGGACUGGAAAGAAAGCCGAGGUCGUUGCUGGCCAGCCUGACGCCCAAGGAGUUUCUACAGAGAAUUUUCCCGAUGCACAACCCCAACGUCCUGGAGCUGGUGUGGCAGGGCUGCGGGGGCAACUUGGAGCGCGCCAUCGAGCAGAUGGCCUCCAGCCUCAAGGACCACACCGAGAGUCCAUCUCCGGCGCCUUUCCCCUCUCACGGUCACAGGACAAUGCGGCAGUCGCAGCACCAGCAACACUGUGCCCCACAGCAGCAUCACCAGCAGCUGUGCGUGCAAGCUGCAGCUACCGGGGUAUGUUGGGACUGGUACACGGCCUUCCGUUCCCUAACCUCUUUGCACUCGGUUCCACCUCUUCUCGCGAACCCUGCUUCCUCCCGCCGCAGCUUCUUGCGACGCCAACUUUGACCCCGACAGCCUUGACCGCUCUAGGAAUCCCCGGCACAUCCCACGGUCUUCGAAUCUCCCAGCAGGCCACAUCACCCAUCCCUGGUGGUGCCGGGGACAAUUCUCCAAGCAGCGAACCCGUCGGACGUAGUUUCGUGGCUUCUAGGACCUCGGCGGCGAACUCUGCGACAUCCGUCAGAGUGACGUCAUGGUUCCGCAACGCCAGCACAGCGCCAACGGACAUCACGUGCAAGAAGUCCGCGUUCAGGUCGCUGGCGCCCGUGGAAAACGUGGAGAGCCCGUUCACGUCGCCGGCCAACAGCGACAAAAGCUGCACCACCAGCGACUCGGACAGCGUGUCCCCCACUCCCAACAGCCCUCUCUCCUCCCGUUCUCUCUUCUCGUCGGCCUCCAGUGACGAUCUGUCGGACUGCGAGAGGCAGCACGCUGUUACCUGUCGCUCCACCUCAACAGCUCUCAAAUUUUCCGUGGAAUCCAUCAUUGGCAGCAGAUAGUUCCAGACACCUUACUGAGGUUGUGUGAGGUUGAGGUUUGUGUGGAAUGACAGUCGCGGUGGACUUUAUAUUUAUUUCUUUAACAACUGAAGCACAAACUGGUGGCUUAUGCAAACUACAGCAAGUCACGUGCGAGGCUAUUUUUGUGUCCUAGACAUUCACUUUAUUGUGUCACAUAAAUGAGCCCUCCGACAACAGAAGGAAAAAACACUUUUACUUUAGACGUCUCAUGACUAGCCAAACACAAUGCUUUUUGGCCUAAACUAAAUAGUUUAGUCAAUGCUGAGCUUUUAUCAGGAAAUGUUUUAACCAUGUUCCUUCCACCAAUCUUUGACUGAGCAGACACAGUGCCUGUGUGAAGUCGCCAUACAGUAGGUAAUACAAAUGCAUUGAGACACCAUGCCACACACCCGACCUCAUGACUUUUCUUUCUAAUUCAAGACAAUGCAUUUGAUGUCUACGUUUCUUGCAAAUGAAGCAAUAACAUUUUAAAAACAGUAAUUAUUUUUCUUAUCUUUCUUCCCUUCUUCCCUUCUUCAUGCUCUCCUUUGGUGUCUUUCCAGGUCCCAAAAUUUAUUUUUUUUAUCUUUGACGCUAAGAUGACUGUUGACAUGUGCUGAUGUUUGAAUGAUUGAUAAGCUGAAAAGCAAGUUGCAUUACUGAGUCAAAAGAAUUGAAAUCUUGACUUGAGAAUGGAGAAAAGUUUGUUGACGAUGGACAAUGACAGCGAGAACAGUGUUGCCCGGAUGGGAAGUGAAGCCACGCACGCGACGUCAGGAGCCAUUGGCCGCUGCUCACAUCAUCCACCAAGUGUCGCAGCCCUCGGGCUGGCCUACAAGCUUUCUUCUAACCAUCCUCCUUUUUGCUAAUUUCCGCCCCUAGUUUUGAUGUAUUCCAGUGGUUUUCAAGUUUGCACAUUGAUGCAAAUGGACACUGACACCAGAGGAAGUGAGUGUCUGUGUGCUGCAGUCUUCAUGGCUAGAAGACUGAGUGUGGACUGGGUUUAUGACAAAGACCCAGUAAAAAAAGAGAACAGGGACAUGAAAAUUAUGUAGCAAAUAAAUUUAGCUACACUAGUAGGAAAAAGGGAAAAAAUAAGGUGGAUAAAAGUUUUAGUGGUAGUGCGUUGACACCAUUUUGGGGGAAUCCCUUAACGACCAUCCAGUACCUGCGGAAACCUAUCCUGGACGAAAUGGAGAACGAAAAGACAGCAUCGAGACUAAAGCAAAGAAACGGCCAUCUUAUGGUAGAGUUUAAGUGUACUUGAACACACUGAAUCCUCUACGAAAUGUUCCCAGACAAAGCAGGGACUUAGAAGGCCGUCUGGAGAGUAUAAUAAAGAGACACUUUCCUCCCCGGAGUUAAAUUUAGAAUUCUUGGAGAAACUAGAGUUAGCUACGAGAUUUCUUGCAGACGUCCACGUCCUAAAGAACUGUUGGAAGGUCACGUGAAUGAGUCUCCCAGGCUCACACUUUUUUCGGGAGUGUGUCAACUUAAAGAGCAAACAUAUUUUCAGCAAAAUAAUCUGGUUUAUUGUAGUUGCCCGGCUAGCUGGGAAACUGCAGAAUGCGAUCACGUGUGGUUCGAUCUUCAGGCACAAGACCAACAGCCGCCAUCAUCCACAAGAUAACGCAGACGAUGAUGUCGAGAGUGGGAAGAGCAACCCUGUUGUUUCCAUAACCACCCUUCAUCCUUUGCAGCUUCCGUGACCGAGUGUCUGAUGGCGAGAUUCGAUUCUCACCCUUUAUGUCACGUGACAGCGACUGAAGACUGACGUGCAAAUAUCUCAGAUUUUCAGACGUGGAGAGAGGAUUUGAAAGAAUUAUACUUGCAUUAAGUUACUUGCAAAUAUGGCUGAUUUUUUUUCCAUUUCUUUGCAUUGUAUAAAACCACAUUGUCUGAUUAAUAGAAUGUAGAGAAUAGGUUACUUACCACGAUGCCCAGUAGCUUUACAGCUGUUUUCUCCUCUGUACUUACAAAUCAAGUCCAAAUACAUUUUACAGGAAACUUUCUAGCUUUUUGUUUUGUUUUUCUGUGUUUUGCUUUCCUUUGCUUUGCUUUCCUUUGCUUUGUUUUGCUUUGCUUUGUUUGUUUUGUUUUGUUUUGUUUUGUUUUGUUUUGUUUUGUUUUGUUUUGUUUUGUUUUGUUUUAAGUGGCCAGACUGAGAUUUUGUCCAGUCGUGCCAUUCACGCAGAGCUUUAUUUCCAAACAAAACAAAAUGUGAAUCACAUGAUAAGGACAAUGGAUAGAAUGUAAGUGAAGGUACAAUGUUUUCAAUUCCUGCCUGUUUUAUUACAAUUUGCUUUUUUGAUAUUUUUAAGAAUUUUUUUUUAUUUUGCAAAGUAGCAAACUAGUUUAGAAUAUCUUGUUUUGUGAAGUGGAAAAACAUGAAAACAUGGCCUCGACCAAACUAAAUACAUUAAUUGAAUUACACAAAUCUAAUGGAACGAAGAGUGGAUGCUGGCAUGCGCGCACUACACAAGUACACAACAACGGACGUGAAGGUAGUGUGACUGAGAAUAAAUAAUUAUUUUCCUUACGAACGACAGACCUCCAUCAUACCUGAGCAACACUGAGCUGGUGUCGGUACCAGCUGCGCAUGUCCUGUGGUGCAAGAAAAAGACUUCCGGCAGACAACAUGAGACACAGAGGGCCUGAAGCACGUGGGUGUAGAUGUACAGACUUUGUUAAAAGGAAAGUUGCGAAACUCAGCAAAAACCUGACACCACAAACAAGCAAAAAACAAAUAUAUUUUUUAAUGCUACAAAACUCUAGCGAGGCUCCAAAACUCGUUUCUUUUUUAAAAUGUCCGUGUUUUCCUAUUUUUUCUGGACCCGGGAAAGAUUACAAAGAAUCAAAUAAUCAGUCUGCACGUGUUCUUUUUCUUCAGAUUUCCACAUACUUUACAAUGCCUUUUCAAUCAUGCCCACACGUAAGCCCACACAUACUAUAAACACACAUAUUUCUUAUCUAAACUUUCUUUAAACUCUGGAUUGAAGUUUACUGUCAGUGUGUAGGGUAGCGUGCGUGUUUGUGUUAAUGCAUUAAUGCACUUGUCUGUAAGUUUGCUCGUCUGUGCGCGCGCGCCUCAAUGAGAAAGUAAGAGAAAGAAUUGCGAGAAUGUUUUUGUCAGCAAACUAUUAUUAUGAUAAAGAAAUCUUACUGUUUUGAUUUCUGCUUUCAUGUUUUAUUUGUCUAGUUCCACUCAACAUGUCGUUUGAUGUUACUUCCUGGAAUUUUCUUCAGAUAUAUAUAAAACUUUCCUUUGUCAUAACAUCUCUAGAAAACUUUGCGUUUCCAUUUCUCUUUUUAUCUGUCAUUCAUGUGUCAGUUGUGGUGCCUAAUUUUUUAUCAUUAUACUUUUAUUUCCCAUUUUCUGGCAUCCUUUCUACAUCUAUUUUUCUUUCGACGCCUUUUACUAUUCUCCUGUCUUAUCCUAUUUUCUAUUCACUCUUUCCUUCAAUAAUUUAUUCUUGCUUCCUUUCUUUCAUCUGUUUCUUUAUUUUCCUUUAAAUCACUUUGAAUCCUUUGUAACUUCUUCCUUGAUUUUAAAAUCCAAGGGCC